AUGAACGCCACCAGGGUGCGCCACGUGGAGAGCGCGCUGAUACGGCUCGACCAGGCCAGGCGCGGUGAGACGCCGAAUUUGCCCUUGGACCUGUUCCUGCGGCGGUAUUUCCAGGCGCACAAGUUCCUCGACUCGGCCGACCGAGCCUGGAUCUCGGAGAAAACCUACGAGCUAUACAGAUGGCGCGGCUUACUGGACCACUUGACGCCGCAGCCACACAGCUGGGCGAACAGGAUGAGGACGUUUUUCCUGAACGACCGAUGGCGCUCGCAGACGCAGAAUGACAAGCUGCCACACAAUGUCAGGUGCUCCUUCCCCAAGGAGCUCUUCGCGCGCAUGGAGGGUUCUCUUGGUACGAAAGCUGCGAUCAAGGUCUCCAACGUGCUGAACGAGCCUCCACUUACUUUUCUGCGCGUCAACACUUUGAAGAUAUCGCGGGACAAGGUGUUCUCAUUUUUGCUGGCAAAGUCUGUGGCUGUUGAGAAGACGGUGAGUUCCAAGUCGGGGCUGAUGCUGUCCUCGAAGCAAAAGUUGUUGGACCUCCCCGAGUACAAGCUCGGAUACAUUGAGAUUCAGGACGAGUCCUCCCAAUUGAUCGCGCAGCAGGUGGACGCGAAGCCCGGGCAACACGUGCUGGAUUUUUGUGCCGGCAGCGGCGGCAAGUCGCUCUGCGUGGCGCCUCCGAUGCUGAACAGGGGGCACGUGUACUUGCACGACACUCGCGACACGAAGCUAUCGAAGUCGCGGAGGCGCAUGCGCAAGGCCGGCAUCACGAAUUACACCAUUCUGCCACCCUCCCACCCACUGCUUCCCAAGCUGAGAGCGAAAAUGGACUGGGUACUCGUUGACGCGCCGUGCUCUCAGUCGGGCGCGAUCCGGAGGAACCCCGACAUGAAGUGGGCGUACAGCGACGACCGCCUCUGGCGUUGGGUCGCGCAGCAGAGGGAGAUCUUCGAGGCGGCGCUGAAGUACGUCAAGGACGACGGGAAGAUCGUCUACGCGACCUGCAGCGUCCUGGACGAGGAGAACGCCCAGCAGGUGCGCUUCUUCUGCGAGAAGUUCGGGCUGUACCUGAGCCGGCCGCCGCUGCACGCGCUGCCGCAGAGCCGGGGCAUGGACGGCUUCUUCUGCGCGACCAUGGAGCGGCGGUAG